AUGCCUCUUUUGAAAAAAUUGCCUUAUGCCUUGUCUCAUUUCCUAGGCUACAGAGGACCAGAUCAUGAUUUGAAGAAGAUCCCUGUUUGGAGAAUUUAUUUUUGGUGCUUCAUUGCCUCCUGGCUGGGCAUUGCAGUGGUCGAGGUCAUUUUUGCUUACGGCCCCUCAUUUCAAGCCCACAAUACACCCAUGAUUGUCGCAUCAUUUGGCGCUACAGCAGUGUUAGUAUACGGUGUGAUAGAAUCACCCUUGGCACAACCUAGAAACGUUAUCGGUGGUCAUAUCAUUGGAGCACUGACAGGUGUAAUCAUUUCGCAGUUGUUUUUGGGCAUUCAAAAGAACUGGGCAUCAGAGGGUCAGUACACUGCUGUGCAGUGGGUGGGUGGUGCUACAGCCAUGGCCAUCUCAUUAUUAAUAAUGCAAAUCACCAAAUGUGUGCAUCCUCCAGGCGGUGCGACGGCUGUGAUCCCAGUAACGACACCUUCUUUUCUCGAGAUCAAAUGGUUUUACAUUGGCGUCGUAGUCUUAUCUGCUGUCAUCCAGGUGUUUUUUGCCUGCUUAAUCAACAACAUAGAUAGAAGAUACCCAGUGUAUUGGUGGGCACCAAGCGAAUUACCCAUCAAAGUGAAUCCAACAGAAUUAACCGCAGUUUUAUCCCUUCCAACAUCAGCGCAUGGGCCAGAAGAUGUGGUAGCCGACAAUUUGACAGUAGCAGAAGAAAGCAGAUUAAACUCGUCAACAGAUAACGAUAACGAUAAAAACAAUGGCAACAAAGUCGCACGAAAGUACCACAACUCCUCCUCAUCCUCCUCCUCUCUCACUGCAUAUGAAAAGAACAUUACUGUAGAUCAGGCCAUUUUCGCAUUACAAAAACACGCACAACACUCAGAUACCAAGUACAUAUUAUUCACCUCCAAUGCCUUAGUUCAUUCUCCUGGAUUAUCAUUAACAGAUAGUGAAAAACAAUCCUUGGAAACAGUAAUGCAUAGAUUAAAUCCUCAAUAA